AUGGCGACAUUCUCAAAGGUCGUGAUGAUCGCCGCCGCUGGGGUCGCAAGCGCGUUGCCCGUGAAAGAGGCGGCUUCCGUGUACCAUACCUGCGACACGACGAGCGACUGCGCGCAGUACAAAGAGUGCCAGGGCCAGCAGUGCGAGUGCACGUCCGAUCCCGCGUACAACCAAGAGCACCCCGGGCGCUGGUUCAAGCCGAAUCAGUGCGUCGACAAAGACGUGGGAAGCACUUGCCUGCACAUCAACAACAUCAUCGUGGAGAACAAGUGCGGGUUCGACAUCGACAUGGUCGGUUUUGGCGGUCCGGAGAACAAGUGCAAGCUCCCGAACGGGAAGAACGAGGGCGACAUCCGCGCAGAGGACAGCUGCCAGACGAUCAAAGCACACGGCAAGGACAAGCUGCAGAGCGGCACCCAGCAGCACGCCGCCUCGACACGUCUGGCCUGGCGGUUCAGCUGGCAAGGAGACAGCGACCCUCCUCCGAAGGCUGACUUUGAGGCACCAUCAUCGGACGAUGUCGACGAGUUGGGUCGCUCUCGCGGUAGCCAGAUGACCUCCCAUGCUAGUACCAUCGGCUAG